AUGCCGUCAAUAACUGUUGGAAUAGCAGGAAUCACAGGAAAAUUCGGCCGACUCCUGGCUCUUUCCCUCCGCGAAGCGUCGCCCCAAGUGAAGUUGAGAGGCUUAGCGCGCGACCCCUCCAAGGUCGACAAUUCAUCCCUGCCCAAUGUCGAGUUGUUUCAAGGCGAUGCCUUCGAUGUUGACAAGAUCCAUAGUUUCGUCCGUGGUACCGAUGUGGUGGUUUGUUGUUAUCUCGGCGACACCCGCCUGAUGAUUGAAGGGCAGAAGGUUCUUAUUGAUAUUGCUGAGGAGGAAGGCGUUCCUCGAUAUGUUGCCUCGGACUGGUCCUUGGACUGGACAAAGCUCGAGAUGGGAGAGUUGUUCGCUAAAGAGCCCUGUCAGCGCAUUCAUGAAUAUCUGACCACGAAGAAGAGCAUACGGGGCGUCCAUGUACUUAUCGGAGGAUUCACUGACGUUAUAUUCGCGCCCUUCUUCAAAAUUUGGGAUCAAGAGAAGCUGACUUUCAACUACUGGGGCACGGGUGACGAAGUAUGGGAGUGUACCUCAUAUCUGAACUCUGCGCAGUAUACCGCAGCGGUAUGUCUGGACCCCGAAGCAAUGGGUGUUCUGCGCUUCGUUGGGGACGUCAUCAGUAUCAAGGAUAUGGCAAGAACUUUCGAGAGGGUCUACGGCAAAAACCCUCCUCUGCAUCUAAAUGGAUCACUAGAGGAGUUGCGCACUACGACGGUCCGUGAUCGACAGAAAUAUGGCGAAGAAUUCUACAAAUAUGUCUUUUAG